GGGCCCAAAAUAAAAUGUCGUUCGCACGUGUGACGACGCUCUAUUCCAGUCUCAGCAUUGAAAAAAUCACUCCAACAAGUUCGCCGUCGUUAAGCUUUUAUCUGCUUCUCCAUCAACUCUGAUCAUGGCGUUGAACACCGGCAUCAGAUCUGUCUCAAGGCUCAUAGCUUCAUCCGAAUCUUCAGUCUCCAGAUCUGUGAGCAGAAGCUUCCACUCAACUGGAGCUAAGAAGAUGAGCGGAGGACAUGGCCAUGACGAGCCUUACUACCUCCACGCCAAGCACAUGUACAAUUUAGACCGCAUGAAGUUCCAAGGUCUCAAGAUGUCUCUCGCUGUCUUCACCGCUUUCAGCAUCGGUGUUGGUGUUCCCAUCUUUGCUGUUGUCUUCCAGCAGAGGAAGACCGCUUCUGGUUGAAUUGACUCUCUCUCUCUCUCUCUUCUUCAAUAAAUUUGUAUAAGUUCUUAAUCUUUUGCUUCUGCAAGAGAGAAUGUUUCUUGCUUCUUAUGGAUCUUAGCUACAAGUAUUUGUCAUUUCUUUUCUGUUUCUUCAUCCUUUGCUGGCUGUUUGACGCUGGAAUAAUGAUAAUCCGACAAUUAUGUAUUUUUAAUUUGGAUUCGGGAGCUUCUGUCUGAAUGUUGUUCAGUUCGAGCUACCCUUGUGUGA